GUUUUGAAGCCACCGUCUCUUCACUGUUGGUUCUCUCCUUCGGUCUUCGUCUCCGGCCCUCCUCCGGGGAAGCGUCUUCUUGUUCAGGAUCUCACCCUGAACUCCAUAGUUUUUAAACCCUAAAUCUCGAAGAACAAUCUCUCUCUCUCUCUCUCUCUCUCUCUCUCUCUCUCUUCUGUGAGACACGAUGGAUCCGUUGUCGGUGCUGAGGGACUUCACAAUCCGAGGAGACCUGGACAAAAUCGAGCGUGUCGGCGACGAGUACCGAUUCGGGACGGAGUACUCGUUUCCGAGCGCGUCAGAGACGGCGUACCGGUCGAAGUCCGGCAGCCUCUACACGCUCGAGGCUCUGGUCCACUACGUGAAAAAUCAGCAUCUGAAGCACGGCGAGUACAUGCAAUCCACCUUCAAAAAUGCCGUUCCAGCUGUUACUCUGCCUGAUCGGAAGCCCCUCCUCGAUUACCUCACCGGAAGAGUUGCUUCCUCGGAUUCCAUCGACUUCCUCUUGCUCCAGCAGCAGAACGCACAGAGCCAGAAGCAUAACGAAGAGUAUCGACCCGAUCAGGAUAACUCCGCGUUUGUUUCCCGCGAGGAUGCGAUUGAGGACAUGGAGGUUGAGGAUUUCGGUAAAACGGGAGAGGAUGUUGAUUAUGUCGUAUUGAUUCGGUCGAACGAGCGGCCAUUGAAGAGCCGGGAGGCGAUUCUGCAGUGCAAAAACAGGGAUUUUUACAGCGUUUUGGUGAAUUUGACGAAGAGGGAGGAGGAGAGACAGAGGAUUGAGUCGCAGCAGAGGAAAGACGGAUUGGUGGCGAAGAGUAGAUUGAUGGGUGCGGAGGAGAGGGGUAUUGUAGGCUUUGGUGGAGGUGGAGAUGAUUCUGGGUGUGAAGCCAACCCUAAGCCGAAGCUUCACCUCAAAUCUGGGAAGAUUGGAGAAGGUGUGCCGAUAAUUCUGGUGCCGAGUGCUUUCCAGACAUUGAUCACCAUAUACAAUGUGAAGGAGUUUCUUGAAGAUGGUGUUUUUAUACCCACUGAUGUGAAGGCAAAGCAGAUGAAGGGACCAAAACCGGAUUGUAUUACGGUCCAGAAGAAGUUCAGUAGGGACAGGGAGAAGGUUGUGACAGCUUAUGAGGUUAGGGACAAGCCAUCUGCUUUGAAACAGGAUGAUUGGGAUCGGGUCGUAGCCGUUUUCGUGUUGGGGAAGGAAUGGCAGUUCAAGGACUGGCCUUUUAAGGAUCAUGUUGAGAUAUUUAACAGGAUCCUUGGAUUUUUCUUGCGAUUUGAAGAUGACAGUAUUGAAUCGGCGAAGACAGUGAAACAGUGGAAUGUAAAGAUAAUCUCGAUUAGCAAGAACAAGCGGCACCAAGACAGGGCUGCUGCAUUGGAAGUCUGGGAAAAGCUGGAAGAAUUUGUCCGGUCUCGGUCACGUUCCUAAUAUUUUUAUUGACCCAAUAACACCUAUACCUUUUUGUAACUUCAACCUAACAUCAAUGACACUUAUAGUGAACAUGGUUGUGACGCAGUAAUGUGAUUAUGUUGUCUAUUACGAGGAACUCAAACCGAUCAUCAGCAUAA